AUGAAGAACACGAUCUCUAAACCUCGACCAUCCCCUAUAUCCUCCGGACGCACCUCCCCUGCAUUCUCCACGCAAAUGCGCCCAGACUCUCCUCGGAGUAUGAAGUCAUCUGGAUCGAGUGCCUCACAAACAUCGCGCGUUGUGGUGGGACAGUCUAAUGGUCCAAGUCAAUGUCCUCCCGCGCGUAGCUCGUUGUUCCCGCCAUCAAGCGAUACAUGUGCACCACAACGUCCACCAAGGCCCGAGGAAUUAGCAGCAGCCACCCGACCGCAGGUAUAUCAGCCCCCUCCUACCCCAUCCAAAUCAUCACCAGCCCGUUCGAGUUCGUCUUUUACUUCACCUCCCAAGCCUCCAGUUCUGCGCAGGUUGUCUACCGCGACAACUUUACAAAGACACCUAUCUAUUGCUAAUUCCACAUCAGUUCUUCCAUUCUCAACCAAACGCCGUCCAAGUAUUCCUGUUGAGGAUUUUCCCACCUCACCUGACGAGGACGACUGGGAAGAUUUUUCUUUCGAAGAGGAUCUCGGACCGAUUUCUCCUGUUCGCAACGUAAUUCGACGGAAGUCUUCAGUACCCUUUCUCCCAGACUUACCAGAGGAGCAGAUUGACGACGACGACGAAGACUUUGGGCACGUAAUCAGAUCGCCAGACCCCGCAUCUUCAUUCAUGAAUAUCAACGCCGACUCAUUGUCUGACCAGGAGGAUUGGAACGAGUUUGGCGAGGUCCCCGCUGGAGCAAACCUGGAACCUCGCGGCUCUGUUAGCUCGAUCGCUACAAUUCGUCCUCCGGCUGACCAACGAAACCCAAGUCGAUUGGGCGGCCUCAAGGAUAAGUUGCGCUGUCAAUGGCUGGGUCAUCGGUCUGGACAAGGACAGGAGAUGAGCUCGGACGAAAGCCUACAUAAUCGUUCUGGUUCCGAUGUUUCCCUCUCACCAUCUGCCGGGGCCGCCUCAAACCGCCCUGCAUAUAGUCGCGCACGGACCACCCCUAACCGCCCAGUUGUAUUCAACAAACCUGGAUUUAAGUCCCUCAGCAAAUCCAGUCAGACCCCAAGUGAUUUCCGCCCCGGACAUGGGUACCAAUCUUCUACAGACUCGAGUUCUUAUGCUCCAUCCUUUUCUUCGUUCGAAAAUAACAUCCGCAUUGGUGGGAAGUCUGGGAGCUCUUCCUGUGGCGAUGACUGGACGAGCGAGGAGGGUCAUGACUAUACGGCAAAGCCACUUCCUGCUUCUCGGCAUCGUCUAUUAUUUCACCUGCACCCCCUUUUUGUCGAACCCAUUCGAAAGCCAGCCAUUCGUAUAAAGAACGGCGUUCCUCAUCACUCGUGCGAUCCUGAAGAAGUCCCUUACCCAUUGUCUUAUUCUUCAAACAUGCUGGAGGCUGAUCGCUGGAAUCAUGCACUUUUGUUUGGCGAUGAACGCAAUCCAGCCAAUGCGGGAGGGCUGUUGCGUGGCUCGACGGUUUCCUUCUCGCAGUUUUAUGGCGUUGGAGAACUUAGGGGUGGGAAAGUGCUUGACUUGGGGUGUGGAGAGGGGUUGUGGGUUCUUGCGGCUGCCAAAGAGUGGAAGCAUACUUGCUUUGUUGGAUUCGAUUUGCUACCCAUCCAGAUGGACCUCAAGGAUAAGCUUGAUGGGACCAAAAAUGCACAGGAUAUUAUGGACAGAAUCGAGUGGGUCCAGGGCGACUUCUUGAACGAGAAACUUCCAUUUGCAGAUAACUCAUUUGAUCUUGUUCGUCUCGCAAACACUACACUUGCACUCCCCACCGACGCAAACACACAACUACCGUCUACGUGGCUUGUUCGGCGAAAUCUUCCGUGUUCUCAAGUCCCAUCCGCAUCCCAGGCAUCCCCUUCAUGCCCCGACAAUGCGGCAUUUGAUCCUUACGCUGGGACACAAAUGCGUCAACUCGAACAAGCAUUUGCAAGGAUGCUUCAGCACCACGAGCUAUCUGCAUACGAUACCAUUCCUAACCUUCUUCGGCAACAUUUUUCUACUUCUUCGGAAAAGGCCACCUUCCGCCUCGCCGUUGCACCUGAACAGAGCGCUGUUGAUAAUCCCCGCCGUCGUGAUGAUAUGGGGAAGGUUGCGAGCCGAGUCGAUCUGGACCGUGACCUCGGCAUAGUCGAGAACCAAAUGCAGGCACCCGCACAUGGCCGCGGUCAGAGUUUUAGCGGCAGCCUCCAAGGUCGCAAUCGCAAGAUGCUUCAAUUGCUGGGAAAAGAAUACGCUGAAUCCCACAAGCCUUCCGUCCCUCAAGGGCUUAUUGUGCUCCCCCACAAGAUACUCCCCAUGUCUCCAGCCGCCGUAUAUGCGCAUGCAACCCAUUCGACAAACAUUAUUCUCAAUGCGAAGGAACAGCUCUUCAGUUAUAUUGAAGAUUGUGCACGAGGAAAGGCUGUUGCAGAUCGGAGAGAAUUUGAUGAUCUUCUCUGGGACUACGAGGCUAGCCGCUUCAGCCGCGUUGGAUUGCGUGAUCCCCUCCAGUCUUUCAAAGAUUGGGAAACGGGCAUCUCCGAUGCCAAUGAAGGAUUGUGGUCAGGCGAGCAGCGUAGCCCUAGAUUCGCCAGUUCCCCUCCACCCGAUGGCGCUCGUGUCAGUUCCAUGGGCCCUCUUCCAUCCUGGCGCUACGAAUCGGAAUCAGAUGUCGUGACAGUGCGCGAAAUUCGUGUCUGCUUGGCCCGCAAACUCAGCUCAGAUCCGCCCUCCGCUGCAUCUAACUAA